UCUGCACUUUUUUAUUAUUUUGAGUUUACUGCUACAAUGACUGAGUCCUUUUAUUGCAUACUCGAGAUUCUGUUAUAUCCAAAUAUUGGGUCCACUGCACUUUUUUCUCCCCUUUUUCAUAUUUCUAUCUCCUGCUGUUUUUCUUCUUCUUGAAUCUGUUACCGUUUUCUAAUCAUUUUACUAGGGAAAGAAAAAAAGAAAGUUGUUUACGUCUGCCCAAAAUUUCUGGGUAGUGUCUAGAGUAGUGAUUUUUUUGUGUGCACUUUUUUUGGGAAAGAGGGAAAAAAGGGAAGAAUCCUUUUUUUAGGUGAGUAUGUGGCUUUUUGAGAAGUGGGUUUUAUUUUGUUUGUGGGAUUAUGUGGCAACUUAGGAAGGGUGGCUAGGUUUUGAGAUAGUAGAUAUUUAUUUAGAUGGUUCUUGAAAAUCAAUUCAUUUUAUUGAAGAAAAAGAUUUGAUCUUGGCAUCUAGGAGAUGGGAAUUGAAGUGAUUUAUGCUGGCUUUCUAUAUGUUCACUGCCAUUUGAGAUUUUGUUGUUGUGUGUAUAGAAUCUAGAGAGAGGAAGGGUAUGAAGAGAGGGAAAGAUGAAGGGAAGAGCACAGGGCCUAUGUUUCCAAGGCUACAUGUGAGUGAUACUGAGAAAGGAGGGCUAAGAGCUCCUCCUAGAAAUAAGAUGGCUCUUUAUGAACAGCUCAGCAUUCCUUCUCAGAGAGCCACCCAUUCUCUUCCUCUUCUUACUUCGAAUUCCGAGCAGAGGGUUGCAAAUGAAAGGAGUACGUUUUUGUCGUAUCAGUUGCCUACCGGACAUCCAUCGGACAAGCUAUACAGCCAAUUUUCCAAUUUCGUCGCUCCAUCAAAGCAACAGAGCCAGAAAAGGAAAUUGGAUGAAGAAGACUUCAGAGUUCCCAUUCUCAACCACUCUGUCCAAAGUCGAGAAAGUGGUCAGAAUGGUUACGACCCUCUUUCCAAGGCUUCUGAUGCUGAGCGCCUUUCGAAAUUCCAUAAGUACAGAAAGCAAGUAGGUAAGAGCCAAACGGAAUUGAACUCGAAAGAGACUCCCACUGAUCGAGUAUCAAAUUCAUCUAGCAUUGCAAAGGAUAGAGGUCCGAAGAUGACAACUGAUUCGUAUCUGAGCCGUGAACCAAGAGAUACUCAUGCUAAUACUAAUAAUGAGCCAGUGGUCCAUGUUGAUUUGGAGCAGGCUCGUAAUCAGCACACUAGUGCGUUGGCGGAGAGUUCUGCAGCAUUAGAUGAAAGAGGUUCUGCAGGAUCUUAUCCUUCAAGAGAUCAUGGAAAUUCUCGUCAUAUGGGAAACGAGGCAAGAUCUCUAAAGAGAUCGUUUAGAUCAGUGCCGAUGAAGAACUUGGAGAGGGAUGACAAUGUGUCUGAGAUUUCUGUCUUGGAGUCCGUCGUCACAGUGGAUAUGACACCUGAUGAUGUGGUCGGGGUGAUAGGUCAGAAACAUUUUUGGAAAGCCCGGAAAGCCAUUCUUAAUCAACAAAGAGUUUUUGCUGUUCAAGUAUUCGAGUUGCAUCGACUCGUAAAGGUCCAGAAAUCCAUUGCUGAAUCGCCACAGCUUUUGGUCGCUGACUCGGAUUUAAUCGACAAACCUACUCUGAAGGUCUUGCCCGGGGCGAAAAUCGCACUGCCUGCUCCUGUUAAGGCAAUGCCUAAUGUUCCCAAGCAAAUAAGUGAACCUGAGAAGUUGUGUCCAGACAAGGAAAUCUCGGCAGAAAACACCACUGGAAAAGCCUCGUUUUCGUCCAUUCAGAACGAUGCGCCCCUGCCGAGCAGCCAGCUGGUGACAGGCAACUCUCCGGCCCCAUCUCUCACCAGCAAUCCGAAUGCGGCGCCAUGGUGCUUCAAUCAACCUCCAGGGCACCAGUGGCUGAUCCCUGUGAUGACUCCUUCGGAAGGAUUAGUAUACAAGCCCUAUCCGGGGCCAAGUUUUGUCGGGCCGCCAGGACCAAACCCGGCAAUCGACAGCUUCUUAACUCGACCGUAUGGGAUUGCAGGUCCACAUCCGCAUCCUCACUACCAGCCGCUGCCAUUACCUCCGUCCGGGCCGUCAGGCCCACACGGAUACUUCCCAACAUUCGGCAUGCUGCCGAUCAUGAACGCAGUCGCAAUGUCGAAUUCGUCCGUCGAGCAAAUGAACCCUCGACCUAUCCCGAGUCAAGCUUCAGCUGGCGAGGCCAGCAUCUGCGUCCAGCAUCACAACGCGUCUUUGACACCACUACGCCACCUGAAACGGGCUUAUAGAGACGGGGCGAGCAGCUUGCAUGUGCCUAGGGAUUCUGACCAUGUACGAGCUUUUACAGAUGGUACGAGUAGCCCUGCCAAGAGAUUGCAAGAUAGUAGAGGAAGCAAUGAUGCGGAACAAACAAACGAGCUACUUUUCCCCACGGCUCCAUCUUCCGACACUGGGAGGUGCAGCCUGGCUCGGCCCAAUCCCGUUCGCCUGACACAGGUGAUCAGGGUUGUGCCUCAUAAUGCAAGAUCAGCGACUGAAUCUGCUGCUAGGAUAUUUCAAUCGAUACAGGAAGAAAGAAAACAGUAUGAAUUUUCGUAAGCCUUUCUUUGUUUUUUAUUCCAAGCCUUUGUACAAAGUAUUGCUCAAUUAUGUAAUUUCAGCAUUUAAUAUUGUUUUCUUUUCGACUUAGUUAAUGUUUAAUCACUUAUAGCCUUUUA